AUGAUUGCACAUAUUGCUGGAAUACAUAUGCAUAAAUCACACUGGCAAGAUCCUGAAAAAUUUAUCCCGGAACGUUUUUUGAAGGGAAAAGAUGCUAUUGAAAAGAAUAGCUUUAUACCAUUCGGUGGUGGCGUAAGGUUGUGUCCGGGAAGAUUUGUGGCUAUGGCUGCACUUAAAGUGUUGACGGUGUCGUUGUUUGGAAAGUAUGAAGUUGAAUUAGUGCAUCCAAAUCAACCAGUAAAAACUAUUUUUAAAGUUGGUAAUGCCGUCAAGGAAAUGAAAGUUUAUCUUACACCUAAAGUAACAUCU